UAUAUCGAUAUACACCAGCUAUCAGAAUCUUCUCCCCCUUUACUUAGGGGGCGGUCAACAAAUGCUCGGGUUGAUUCUAUUUUUUUUUCCUUUCCCUCGAGAUUGAAGCUGCUAUCCGAUGAAACGCCAAUGUCGCCCUCCGCACGUUCACCGCCUCGCGCGUCAUUCGCUCGCAUGGCCCGCUGUGAUUCGGUCCCCUACCUGACUACAUGCGCCUACAUGACAGGUACAUGCAAAGGUCGUGGACUUGGACUCACCAAACCCUGGCGCCUCCCGGCUCCUCGUGUGGCCCUGGUAGUCGUGCCCCUGUCCUCUGACGUCUUUGGUAUCCUCCCAAGUGGGUUCACCUUCAAAGCGUUCUCCACCACCAGCCCUACUUUUUGGGUAUCUUUUGCCCACUAA